AUGGCGGCCAGAUGAGAGCGUAAUGUUAACUUUUGUAUGUGUAUGUUGAAAAAUAACAUUUUAACCCACGUAUAUUUGUCUUUGAUAAAACCGGUUAGCAAGUAAAUUUACUGGGUACUGAAAAUGGCUGCGUGGGCUGGAUUUUCAGAGGAAGAACUACAAAGAUUGCAGCACAGCGGCGAUCUCAUAAACCAGGCUGUGCCGGUCACAUUGGGUCGUGGCCGCAGACCCGCUCCGACUAACCGGAGCAGACAGCAGCUUCAGCGGGAGAGGGCUCUGCAGCUGACAGCCAAGCAGAAGGAGAGCAGCCAGUCUCUUUCACCUGACCAACUGCUGACCAAGCCCCCAGACCCACCUGUCGUCAGUCAUCCUGCUCCUGUAAAAUCACAGGACGAGUCCAAGCCGGAGUCGCAGAAUGAGGCAGAACCUGUUGACCGAGAAUCACCUGUGGAGUCUGUACCACCAGCAGUCUUCAAGGAGCUGGACAGACAGGAAGUGGAAUUCCGAGAGAAGAACCGUCUCCAACAGUUGCAGUGGGAACAACGUAUAAUGGAAGAGAAGAAUAAACAAAGAAAAGCUCUUCUUACAAAGACCAUUGCUGAAAAGUCCAAACAGACACAGGCUGAAGCUGUGAAAUUGAAGAAGAUCCAGAGAGAACUUCAAGCACUGGAUGAUUCGGUGUCCAAUGACAUUGGGGUUCUCAGAAAACUGAUAGAGCAGUCAAGCAUGGAUUAUUCUCUGGCAUGGAAGCGCUUUGAGAAAGCAGAGGCUGAGUAUGUUGCCGCUAAGAUGGACUUGCACAGGAAGAUGGAGGUGAAAGAGCAGCUGACGGAGCACCUGUGUGCAAUCAUCCAACAGAAUGAGCUGCGCAAGGCCCGCAAACUGGAGGAGUUGAUGCUUCAGUUAGAGCUUAAUGCCGAUGAAGUCCCCAGCCCAGAGGAAACCAAUCUAGAGGACAAAGAGAGGGAGGGCAACUCCCAGCAUGUUACUGAAAACGGUCCCGCAGCAGACAUGGAGCGGCAUACAGACGUGGAUGACUCAAGUCUGAGCAAAGACUGUUCCAUUACAGAACCAAAGAUCAGCCAAGACAAUCAGGAGAGCAAAUCAACAGAUGUUUCUGCAGAUGGGCUAAGCUAGCUUCCAAGCAUCAUCUAUUUAAUAGUGACUGUAUGACAGUUUACAUAACACUUGCUACCAGGUUUAUACAUUUCUUCAUUGUGAGAUUGUUGAACAAACCAAUAACCCUGCAUUUGUUAGUGAAAUGUUGAUUUUUUUUUUUUGUAAGACGCCAAGACAACCUCAUUCCAUCACUACUAACACUAAAAUGCCUUUUUAUUCUGGCGCUCAGAUAUUGAUUAUGAUCCGUUAAGCUCAGAUGCAAUAAUAGGAGCAGUAAUGAGAGUAGUUUUUGGUUUUCAUUGAAGGUGCUACUUGAUCUUAAUGCUGCAUCAUUCCACGUUUUUAUUAUGGUUCGUCUGAAUGUCAGUCAUUUUGCAUUUGAAUCUGUCUUACAU